ACAUAUAAUCACUCUUUCACUAAACUCCAAUUUUCAUCUCCCUCCUUAAUUCCCUCCCUCUAGGCCCAUUCGAUAAUUGACAGCUCUGUUCAAGCGAUCGCCAAGUUCAAAAGUUUAUUAAUCAUCACUCCCCUGCUCAUUUCGCUUCAAUGUGGAUUGCAAAGCAGUUCCAGCGACUCAAUCCUUGCAGCUCCGACUUGGAAGUUGACGACAGCAUUUAUCCGUACGCAUGCUAUGCCUGCACCCAAGUAGGUGUCCCGGUUUUCCACUCGACUACAUGCGAUCCGGAUCACCAACCCGAAUGGGAGGCCUCCGCCGGUUCAUCUCUACUCCCCAUCAACUACCGCAAAUCGAGGACGGGGGACAACCCGAGUCCACCGGGGCUAUUACCGGGCCGAGUUUUGGACCCGCGUAGCGCCAGGGUGCAGAGGUGGAACCGGAUCAUAUUACUGGCUCGUGCCGUGGCAUUGGCCGUUGAUCCUCUUUUCUUUUUUGCAAUGUCUAUCCGGGUCCGGGGUGGUGGUGGUGCUGCCGAUAAUCAGCCGUGCAUUUACAUGGACGGUGGGGUCGCCACGAUUGUCUCCGCGAUUCGCACGUGCGUUGACCUGGUGCACACCUGUCACUUCUGGCUUCAGUUUCGGUUGGCUUACGUGUCCAAAGAGUCGCUGGUGGUUGGUUGCGGAAAACUAGUAUGGGACCCACGUGCCAUCGCUUCUCGCUACCUCAUGUCCCCCGCCGGAUUCUGGCUGGAUGUUUUUGUCAUGUUGCCAAUUCCGCAGGCAGUCUAUCUCCUGGUCGUGCCGAAAUUACUGGAGGCUGAUAGAAUACAGUUGACUCUGUCAAUACUACAAAUUAUCUUCUUGAUGCAGUUUCUUCCAAAGGUAUACCACAGUUUUAGUCUGAUGAGAAGAAUGCGAAAAGUUACUGGCUACAUCUUUGGCACCAUUUGGUGGGGUUUUGGCCUUAAUCUCAUAGCAUACUUCCUUGCUUCUCAUGUAUCAGGUGGAUACUGGUAUAUCCUUGCUAUACAACGCAUUGCAUCUUGCCUUGCACAACAGUGUGACAGGAGUAAGGCCUCCUGCAAUCAAAAAUUGUCUUGUGCAAUGGAGGUCUGUUAUUGGGCAUCUAGACGUACAUGUGCUGUCGGUAACUCAACAACAACUCAUAAACCAUUGUGCUUGGAUGAUGCCGGACCCUUUCAUUAUGGGCUCUAUAAAUUUGCUCUUCCACUCUUUUCCAAAAAUUCUGUUAUGUCUAAGAUCCUCUAUUCCAAUCUUUGGGGUCUAAUGGCUCUGAGCACAAUGGGCAACAAUCUUGAACCCACAUGCAGAUGUUUGGAAGCGAUCUUCACCAUAUUUAUGGUGCUUGGGGGAUUAAUGCUCUUUACUUUGUUGAUCGCGAACAUCCAGGUAUUUUUGCAUGCUAUAAUGGUAAGGAGAAAAGAAAUGCAGCUCAGAUACCGAGGCAUUGAGUGGUGGAUGAGGCACAGACAACUACCAUCUAAUCUGAAGUGCAGAGUACGUCGAUAUGAAAAUCAGAGAUGGAAGCUGGCGGGAGGGCAGGAUGAGAUGGAAUUUAUCAAAGACUUGCCAGAAGGCUUAAGAAGAGAUAUUAAGCAUUAUCUUUGCUUAGGUCUCAUAAAAAAGGUUCCUCUGUUAUGCAAUCUGGAUGAUCUUAUCCUGGACAACAUUUGCGAUCGUGUCAAGCCACUUGUCUACUCCAAAGAUGAAAAGAUUAUUAGGGAAGGAGAUCCAGUGCAGAGGAUGAUUUUCAUUGUAGACGGACGCAUCAGAAGGAGCCAAAGCCUUGGCAAAGGCGUGGUAGCCAAUAGCAUGUUGGAAGCCGGAAGCUUUCUAGGCGAUGAGCUGCUGUCAUGGUGUCUUCGACGCCCAGUUGUUGAUAGACUCCCGGCUUCAUCUGCUACAUUUACUUGUAUCGAACCUGCAGAAGCAUAUGCUCUUGAUGCUGAUGAUUUUCGAUAUAUCACCAAUCAUUUCCGGUUCCAUUUUGCUAAUAAGAACCUUAAGCAAACGGCAAGAUAUUACUCAUCAAACUGGAGGACUUGGGCUGCUGUGAAUAUACAAAUUGCUUGGAGACAUUACAAGACCAGGGCUAGGGGUUCAACGAAUCAAUUGAUGUUGGAAAACGGAGGCAAUGACAGCCAGCGACGGCUCCGGCAUUGCGCAGCAUUCUUCAUGUCACUUAGGCCUCAUGAUCACCUGGACUAAUGGAGUGGUAUAAUUUGCAUCCAAUAAAAGGCUAUGGAGUUAACAUUUGUAUUAUCAUGUGUUACAGAUUUCCAUGCGGACUAACUC